GCCCGGGACGCGCACACGCCGGGCGGCGCACGCAGCGCCCGCGCCAGUCGGCUGCGCGCUCAUCCCGCGGAGGACGCUCGCUGACUUCACACUCCAAUUGGGCCUGGUACCUGAAUAAGUUGAACAAUGAGGGGUCUCCUGGUGCUGGCCCUCGUGGUCGCAGUUCUAUGCACAGUCGAUGCUGAGCGUCACCGGCGACGACACCGACGGCUCCGGACUACCACCACGGAGCGACCAGCUCCGCCGGAAAUAGCGGUGCCAGUGCGCGAGGACUCAGAGGCUGAGCACCUCGAGCUCGGCAUGGCGGAGAGACUGGACGAGAGGCGCUUCCAGGAUGCGGAGAGGUCACGUGUCAACGAGAUCAUGAACGAAGCGUCCUCGCGCGAGGGCGUCGGCAGCGACAACGAAGUCAACGUGUUAGACGAUCCCUGUCUGAGGGUACACUGCAGCGCUGGACGCGUGUGUGAGAUCGACGAACACGGAGACGCUGUCUGCAACUGCAUCAAGGAGUGCCCAUACGAGACAGACUCUCGCCGCAAGGUGUGUACGAACCACAACGAGACCUGGACGUCAGACUGCGAGGUGUACCAGCAGCGCUGCCUGUGCCUGGACGGGUCCGAGCUGUGUCGCGGCCCGCAGUACCACCACGUGCAGAUCGAGUACUACGGCACGUGCCGCGAGAUGCCGGAAUGUAGCGAGAACGAGAUGUUGGACUUCCCCCGGCGCAUGCGUGACUGGCUGUUCAACAUAAUGCGUGAUAUGGCGGAGAGACGCGAGCUGACUCCUCAUUACCUGAAGAUGGAGCGCGAGGCCGAAUCCAACCUCACCCGGCGCUGGACUAACGCAGCCAUCUGGAAGUGGUGCGACCUCGACGCGCACGACAACGACAGGUUCGUAUCCCGGCACGAGCUGUUCCCGAUCCGCGCGCCGCUGAUGGCCUUGGAGCACUGCAUCGCGCCCUUCCUGGACCGCUGCGACGAGGACGACGACCACCGCAUCACGCUCGCCGAGUGGGGCAAGUGUCUGCAGCUGGACGAGUACGAGCUGGAGGACCGCUGCGACGAGUUCACCGAGGACCCGCCGGCCGGGCUCUGAGCGGCGCGCCCACACUGCAGCACACAGUCGGAUGGUUUCUCUUAAUGUUAAGUACGCUAUGUUACGUUACAUAAAUAAUAUUUCUAAAGUAAAUGAACCGUUACGCAGCGGCGCCCGUGCGCUCAUGUAAAUAGCAAUUACUGUGAUCACGCUACCAAAACUUUGUCGUUUUACAAUAAAUUCUAGAAAGUA